AGUCUUAAUUAUUAACACUAAAAUGUUACUAGUUACCUUUACACUGUCACUUGAGCACGGACACCGGUCCGGUCCGGCGUCCGGCGUCCGGAACGCCGCUGCGCGUCAUUCGGCAGUAGUCCGCGAGCCGCGCGGCCGCUACGCCUCCGUAGCAGCACCGCGCCGCGCCGCGCACGCUACGAACUCGCCGCCAACUUUUAUCGUCUCUCGAGCUCACUGCAGUGAAAGUACUGUUUAUCAACUGUUAUCAUUCCAUAGUGUAUACAAAGUGACUGAGAUGACUGUGCUCGGAAGUUUUAGAGCGUAUGGAAUUAAUUAAAGCGCGGUGAAAAAUGAAGGCGCGGGUACGGGCGGCGCCGCGGGGCACACUGCUGCCGCUGCUGCUCACCUGCCUACUUGCCGCCCAGCCACGGGCGCGGUGCGAGGGCGGCGCCGAGCUGACGCCGCUGGGCCCGUGGUUCGUGGCGGAGCCGCCGUCGCUGGUGCCGUACUCGGUGAGGAGCGGCGUGCGCGUGCGGUGCGCGGCGCGCGGCACGCCGCCGCCCGCCGUGCUCUGGCUCGCCGACGACGGCACGCCGCUCGAUGACAGGCCCGGCCUCAGAAGAAUAUACAACAACGGCACGCUGGAAGUAUUGCCGGCGGCGGCGGGCAGCUACACGCCCGCGCCGUCCACGCUGCGCUGCCGCGCCGCCAACGCGCACGGCGUCGCGCUCUCCAGGGACGUCACCUUGCAGCCAGUGUCCGACGUGAAUUGGGAGGCCAUGCUGGUGGCGGCGGCGGCCGCGGAGGGCGGCGUGGCGGCGCUCACGUGCCGCGCCGCAGACGGCGCGCCGCACGUCCGGCCCGCCGUGUGGUACCGCGACGACAAAGUGCUCAACGUCGAUGCACCAACUACAGAGUCCCGCUACGUGGUGGCGGGCAACACGCUGCUGGUGCGCGACGUGACCGCGGCGGACGCGGGCGCCUACAGCUGCCUCGCGCGGCACACGCUCACCGCCGUCACCAAGCGCUCGCGGACCGUGCACCUGGCCGUCGCACCCGGACCAUCGAAUUCUGCACCCCGAGUGGUGGCGAGCAGCAACGAAGUAUCAGUGCCAGCCGGCGCCGACUUCUGCAUGCCCUGCGUCGCCUCUCAGCAUCCCCCGCCGCACUACACAUGGUACCGCGAGGUGAACGGCCGCCUGCAACCAGUGGAGACGUCACCGACCGCGUGGCUGUGGGCUGGCGGCGCGGCGCUGUGCUUCACGCGCGUGUCGCACGCCGCCGCCGGCGCCUGGCUCUGCAAGGCGUACAACGUGUACGGGGACGCCACUGCACAGAUGAGGCUCGACGUCGUAGACAACCUGUCCGUCACCGUAACGCCCACUGUCGUGGUGGCGGACACGGGCAGCACGGUGCGGCUGAACUGCAGCGCGAGCGAGCCAGCGGCCAGCACGACGUGGCUGCACGACGGCGCGGCGGCGGGCGCCGGCGCCGAGCUGGUGGUGCGCGGCGUGACGCGCGCGCACCGCGGCGUCUACCAGUGCUUCGCGCGCCGCGGCCGCCACGCCGCGCAGGCCGCCGCCGAGCUCCGCCUCGGAGACUCUGCGCCGGAGCUGCACUACACGUUCAUCGAGCAGGCGCUGCGCGCGGGCGGCGGCGUGUCGCUGCGCUGCGCCGCCUCCGGCUCGCCCGCGCCGCGCCUGCUCUGGCUCCUCGACUCGCAGCCGCUCGACCAGUACCGCGCCCAGCACAGGUUCUUCAUCAGCGAGGAGAUAUCAGUGAACGGCGACGUGGUGUCGACGCUGAACAUCAGCGCCGUGUCCCCAGAGGACGGCGGCCGGUACACAUGCCGCGCACACAACCAAUUAGGCCACGCCGAGCACUCCGCCAGGCUCAAUAUUUACGGGCCACCAUCCAUCCGCACGCUGGGUCCGGUACGCGUGGUGGCGGGCGCCAACGCUACUAUCUUCUGCCCGUAUGCCGGAUAUCCGAUCAGCUCCAUCUCGUGGUGGGCGCGCGGUGCAGGCCGCGCGGUGGAGGGCUCGGGCCGCGUGUCGGCGCGCGGCGCCGAGCUGCGGCUGUCGCCGGCGGUGGCGGCCGACGCCGGCCACUAUGCGUGCGCGGUGGCCGCGCCCGGCGGCGCCGCCGCGCGGAGGGACAUCGAGAUACAAGUCCGAAAUCCACCAAAAAUUUCGCCCUUCAUGUUUUCCUCCGAAUUGACUGAAGGCAGUUCCGUGCAAAUUCUUUGCGGAGUCUCGUCCGGUGACAAACCUAUGUACUUCUCUUGGCUCAAGGACGGUGUACCUUUGCCGUCUAAUCUGCAGAUAGAAGAGAAAAGUUUGAAUGAAUUCUCGCUUCUAAUGUUCUCCGACUUGACCGCCCGCCACAGUGGCGACUACACGUGCCGGGUCACCAACCACGCCGCUACCGUCAACUACACCGCCACGCUCAGCGUCAAAGUGGCGCCGGCGUGGAUUAUAGAGCCUAUGGAUGCUGCGGUACUACUUGGAACUCCACUAGCACUGCAAUGCGCUGCCAAAGGCUACCCGGUACCAAAAAUUAAGUGGUACAGACAAAUAGGCGACAGUAUAUCUCUGAGCAGUGACAAUGGAGAUCACUGGGAGGUUGUUGGAGGCGCGGAGUGGGGCGAGGGUGUGAUCGGAGUACGAACUCGUAACGGUUCCCUAACAGCACCGGCUGCAGCCCGCCUGCACCAGGGACGCUACCGCUGCGUCGCCGACAAUGGUGUUGGGCCUCCUCUUAUCAAACACAUCAAUUUAACUAUCCAUGAGCCAGCGCACUUUGAAGAAUCCAGUGGGAACAUGUCAUGUGUCCGCGGGCACAGUGUAUCACUAACGUGUCAUGCGCUGGGCGACGCGCCGCUUGCCGUUCACUGGACCCACAGCGGUACCAGGCUCGAUCUCAACUCAUACAGGUGGACAGUCUCUGAAGUUCGUACAGUGGAUGGGUUACGUUCAACGCUUCAGCUUCGAGCAGCUGAGCGUAUAGACGCUGGCGAGUAUCGCUGCCACGCACAUAAUCAGUACGGCAGGAGUGAGCUCCUCUUGUUUUUAAACGUCGAAGAACCACCAGAAGCACCACGCUCGGUCCGUCUGGGAGGAGUGGGGUCGCGCUGGGUCCGCAUCGCCUGGCGCGCCCCACCAGUACGCGGAUUAAGUUACAGUGCUUCCUAUACAGCACUGCAUGCGCUACCCACACAAGACGCCAAACACGUCACCACCAACUUAACCCUCGAAUCCAUUGCAGACGAAAGAGCUGAUUCUGAUGGGAAUCAUAUCCUGAGUGCGCGCUUAGAAUCCCUCCAUCCAGCCGUCGCCUACUCACUUCGUCUCGCUGCUGCUAAUCACAUCGGUCAGUCGCCUCAAUCUGAUCCAUUACUCUUCACCACUUUGGAAGAAGCACCAUCCGCAUCACCACAAAACGUGCAAGUGAGAUCAGCUGGCGUUGGAGAACUACAUGUCUCUUGGUCGGCUCCUCCACAAGAUAGCUGGAAUGGUGAACUACUAGGCUACGUGGCGUCUUGGCGAGAGUUGACUCGAAUAGACGAUGAAAUUGCUGGUGAAGAAAGGCGCACUGGCAGCACGACUGCGCCGGGCUGGACUAGUUCUGACUUGACCAUCAAUGGUCUGCGUUCGUUCUCUCGUUACGCGCUAACCUUACGUGCGUAUAACCGCGCAGGCGCCGGCCCAGCUACGCCAACUAUUUACGCUACCACUGCUGAUGGAGUACCUGAAGUCCCGCCAACUGCCAUCGUUUGCGAAGGUCUCUCUUCCCGAUCGUUGCGAGUUCGCUGGGCUCCACCGCAGGCAAUUCACGCUCAUGUACUGCGAGGAUACGACAUACAGUAUGCAGCCUUACACUUCUCACCACUGUGGAGCGGCGCUAUGGAAUCACAAACAACACGCACUGGUGCAAACAACGAGGCUACACUGCAGGGAUUGCGCGCAGCCACUAACUACUCCGUGUGGGUUCGUGCACGCACCGAUCGAGGGCUUGGUCCACCAUCAUCGCCCAUUUACUGUUCCACUAGGGAAGAUGUUCCUGGAGUAGCCGAAGCAGUACGUGCGCUUGCGUCUAGUGCAGACGCAGUUCGCGUGUCGUGGCUCGCUCCCACUCAACGCGCCGGCCGCCUCACACACUACACGCUGUAUACUAGAGAACUUGGAAAAGUUGGCGGCGAAUGGUCACAAAGAGUCGAAGCGAAUAUGGAUUCUAAAUCAAACGAGGAAAACGAAGACGAGGAAGUGUGGCGCGAAGUGGUGGGCCUGCGUGAGCGCACCGUGUAUGAGUUCUGGGUGCGCGCCGCUACCGCGGCUGGCGCCGGGCCCCCCACGCGCCCUGUCACCGCGGCGCCCGCCCACGCAGUGGCGGCGCGCAUCUCGUCGUUCGGUCGCGCGGUGGCAGCGGUGCGCGGCGCGCGCGUGCGCCUGCGCUGCGCGGCGGUGGGCGCGCCGCCGCUGCGCUGGCGCUGGGCGCCCGCGCCGCUGCCGCACCCGCACACCGUCACCGACACCGGCGAUCUCAUCAUACACAAGGUUGACGUGCAAACGGCGGGCAACUACACGUGCUCGGUGCGCAACAGCGGUGGCGCAGACGCAGCGGUGUUCACACUGGCGGUGCGGCGACCGCCAGCCGCGCCCGCGCCGCGUCUCGUACGCGCCGACAUGUACGCGCUGCACCUCGCAUGGGACCCACCGGCCGACGGCGGCGCAGCCCUCCUCGGGUACACGGUGCAGUGGGCGCGCGAGGGCGCGGCCGGCGGGGCGGGCGGGGCGGGUGAGGCGCGCGUGGCGGCGGGUGCGCAGGCGCGCGCGCUGGCGGGGCUGGCGUGCGGCGCGCUGUACCGCGUCACGCUGCGCGCGCACAACGCCGUCGGCGCCUCGCCGCACUCGCGUCCGCUGCUUGCGCGCACCAGGGGCGACAAGGCGAAGGCGCCGCCCGGAAAGGAGUUCGUGUGGGCCAACAGCACGGCGCUGCGGCUAAACCUGCUGGCGUGGGGCGGCCGCUGCCCCGUGGCCGCCUGGACGCUGGCGCUGCGUCGCGCUGCCGGAGGCGCCUGGACCACACUCCAUACCGAUGGCGAAACCGCUGAGAGCGGUAACCUGCAAUCUGGUACGUGGUAUGAGAUACGCGUGGUGGCACACUCGCCUGCCGGCGACACGUAUGCCUUGUACAAAGCUGCUACACAUACACAAAAUGGAGAACGUAUCGGAGAGCCAAUUGAGCUGCCGAUAGAGGCUCGCAGCCAGCUGGCGGAGGGCGGCGGCGGCGGCGCGGCCGGCGCAGAGGCGGCGGCGUGGCGCGCGCCGCUCGCGCCGCUGCUGCUGGCCGCCGGGCUCGCCGCCGCGCUCACUGCGCUCGCAGUAGGUGUAGUGAUGGUGCGGCGGCAGCGCGCGCCGUCGUGCCUGCGGCGCGAGUGUUCGCUGCAUCAGAUGUGCCAGCCGCACCCUCAGCUCUACACCACCGAGCCCGGCAAGAGGAACGGCAAGGCGCUCACGCCGCCGGACGGCGACUUGCACGAGAUCAGUCCGUACGCGACGUUCAGCAUGUCCGGCGGCGCGGCGGGCGCCGGUGCCGGCGGCGGUGGCGGCGGUGGCGGCGGUGGCGGCGGUGCGGCGGGCGCGGAGGAGGCGCGCAGCGCGGGCGGCGGCUGCGCGCUGCACCUGCGCACGUUCGGGCGCGCCGAGCCGCUCGACCUGGCCGCGCCGCCGCCGCGCCCCAACCUGCUCACGCACUCGCAAGAGUACGGACGGUGUCGGGACAGCGACUCGGAGUCGAGCGGCUCGCCGUGCGCCGCGUGCGCAGCCGAGCUGUACCGGCUGCCCGCCGCGCACCUCUCCGACACACUGCCCGCGGUGGAGUCGAGCGCGGACGACACGUCGUACAGCGCCGGCAGCCGCGCCCGCUCGCAGGCGGCGCGCGGCCGCCGCCGCAGGGACCACACCCGCCACUCCGCACCCACUGUCAGCCACCGUUUCUAAGAGGACGAUGUAGUAGCCAGGAGCGCUCUUCUCGGUAAUAUAUUAGUGAGGCCCAGAAAUAGAGUCCCAUACUACCAUACUCCAAGCAUGGCUUCAGCGCUUCUAAUUGCAGCCUCGAUGCACGAGGAAAGACCGGGUGCGCCCAGUAGUGGCCGGUGCACCAGUGCAUGGACAUCUAGUGUGCAUGCCAAUGAGAGCGGCGUAUUACUCAUAUAAACUGCGACAAUUUAAUUGUUAAUUUUUCUGUAAGCCUUGUCAACUGAGAAGGUAUGCUAUGUCCCGCUCCGCAUGCUCGCUGACGUGGAUGGCAGUAAGUAGGUCUGCGUAGUGUGUCCGAGGACGAGGUUGCACUCGACUGACGGAUGUGUUCGCAUUGCAGGUACUACCCGCCGGCGGCGCUGCACGCUCGCCACGAGCCGCUGUGAGCUCUCCGUCUAGCCUAAUGAAUAAAAAUCAUGUGUACAUAAUAUGUUGGA